ACUCUCUUGAGUGUGUGGAGAACUUCGAAGUGUUCUUGCCAGUGGAGAUAGCUUGACCGCCUCAUGGUUGGGUUCAUGCACAUCAAUCCGUUUUGCUGUCACAUUUCUUCUGGUGCACGGAAUGCUGUGAAUUUGUAAUGGAGCCCAUCGGAUUGUAUCCCAGCAUUGCCUGGUUCAAUAGCCUCGGAAUUGGUGAAGCAAUUGACGCGCUCCGGAAGUGCUGCCACAGUGCACAAUUUGCACAGCUUGUGGCGCAGGCAAGGCCAUUUGAGAACUACGUCGAUCUGGUACAGCACGCUCGGAAUGUGUGGCUGAAUCAGGUGGGCAUACCUGCCUGGUUGGAAGCAUUUGGCGGCCAUCCUCGGAUAGGGGACGUGAGCGGGUUGCGAGAGAAGUUUGGGGCUUCUGCAGAGUUUUCUGAGGGGGAGCAGGGUGCUGCUUUAGCGAGCGCAAACGAAAGCGUGUUACAGGAACUCGCUCUGUGGAAUAAGAACUACGAGGACAAGUUUGGUCAUGUUUUCCUCAUCUGUGCUUCUGGAAAAACAAGUGGGGAGGUGCUGGAAGCAGUCAAGGCUCGCUUCUCGAAUUGCCCUCAUGACGAGAUCCGUAUCGCAGCGGUAGAGCAGCAGAAGAUUACGGAACUUCGUCUUGAGAAGCUUCUGAAUUCGAACUCGGACGAAGCCACGCAGUCCUCCACAAGGACCUCCCUUGAAUCAACUCCAAUGGCUGCGCUUUCGCAUAGUGUUGACGAGUUGGCAACACGUGCGCCCUGGCCCCAACCUCAACGGGGGGCUAGCGAGACAGUCGGAAGUGGUUUGAAUAUGAGGGGGGGUGCUCAUGGCAGACUGGCACAGAUUGAGAAUCACUUGACUGCGGGGCGGGGCCCGGGGGGAGCUCUGGCCGAAGACCAGAGGGCGAAGCAUGGCGAGCCCACGGCAGCUAGCGGGUUUCCGGAUCACGAGCCACAUCGACUGUCGAUGCAGCCAACAGCAGCCGGAGCGGCCGGUCUGCGCUCGCCUAUCACCACGCAUGUCCUGGAUCUGUCUCACGGCAGACCGGCGAAGGGAGUGGCAGUCGACCUAGAGGGGCUGACGGGAGACACGUGGCAAUCUUUGGGAAAGGGGGCUACGGAUGCUGACGGCCGGGUGAUCGGCUUGUUGCCCGCUUCAGACCACGUUGCGGCGGGGAUGUACAAGCUGCGCUUCCAGACGGGAGCGUACCUCCAGAAUAUGACGAAAGCGGACAGGGGGGAUCCGGGUCGGGUGGGCGCAGACGGGGGCUUUUAUCCACAAGUGGAUAUCGUCUUUGAGGUAAAGCCGUCGCAGACACGCGAGCAUUUCCACGUGCCGCUCAUUCUUUCUCCUUACUCGUACACCACAUACAGGGGCAGUUAGCAAGGCUUCUACUGACAACGUUACCACGUUCGAAGUCUGAACUUUUAGUCGGUUUCUUUGAAGCAUUUUGCAGCUCGAUAAGACUUAGUGUACAGAUUUUUUCGAUGAAGAAAGACUGGAUAAAAGACAUCUUAUAGCAUUAGGUUAUCGCAAUCAAAGGGCAUGCUGUAUGUUACUUCCGCUUGAUACUCCUUGAACAUCAUUCGAUACUUCGCAAAACGCAUUUAUCUUGCUG